AUGAAUAUUUUCCAACAUUGCAAAACAAAACCGAUUCUGACUUUCACAUUAGUAAAAUCAUAAUAAGUUCACAAAUACGACUGUAGUAGUUUGAGCUCUAUUGAAAUAAUGAAGCGUGGUGGAAUGCGACUAGAAAACUUGAUGGUAGAAGAACCCAGAGACAACUCUGGAAGAAACCGGUCGUGGCUGGUUGAACAGAGGUCCAAUGAUCGCUCAUGCAGUGUCCUAAAUUUCGGAACUAGUGACAAAAAUGUCAGAACAAAUUUCUUGUGGAGCACUUCCGGCCCAAUUGAACCUUAUUAAAUACCUCAAGAAAAUAAACUCAAUCUUACACAUGGACAGCUUAGACUUGAUACCCGAAGUGCUAGAUAAAGAACCACUGAAUAUAUUGCAAGUUAAAUUUCAAGGCCGCUUAUUGAAGCCUGGUGAUGUCUUGAGACCAAAAUGCGUUAAGUUGACUCCAGAAUUGGAAUGGCGAGAUGAUAACACAGCCUUAUACACCAUUUUUAUGAUUGAUCCUGAUGCACCAAGUAGAAAUGACCAUAGGUUUAGAGAGUUCUUACACUGGCUAGUAAUUAAUGCGCCUUUGAAUAAGGUCAAAAGGGGAACGACAAUAGCUGGUUACAUAGGAGCUGGCCCACCUAAAGGAACAGGAUUACAUCGAUAUGUCAUAUUGGUUUUUAAGCAAAAUGAAAAGAUUACUUUCGAGGAAGCGAGAAUAUCUCGCUAUAGCGCUUUCGGUAGAGCAAGAUUCUCUAAUAAAGCUUUUGCCAGAAAAUAUAAUUUAGGACCUUUAGUAGCAGGAAACAUAUUUCUAUCAGAAUGGGACGAUUAUGUCCCUAAGUUAUAUAAGAGACUGCAAUUCUGUCCAAGUCACUAAGUCAUUAUAUUUUUUACUCAAGGAAAUAUUACGGUGGAAAAAGUAUUUGAUAAUGAAUAAAAUUUCUUAUGCCAC